AUGUUAGAGUGUAAAUGUACGAGCUGGAAGAAUGUCUAUGCACAUCACUGGUUUGCAUUUAGUGUCUACGAGAAAAAAAGUCAGGGUCUUGGGCCCCAACCUCCUAACCUCUUGCAGAAGAAAACCUUGCAAGCAGAAACUUCCUGCAAGGUUUUUGCUUACGUGUUGCUCUUUACAUGUUAUAUUCUGCAAGUGUGUGCAAGAUGCAACCAUGUCCGUGGUUGUGUUAAGCGUGGUUGUGUUAAGCGUGGUUGUGUUAAGCGUGGUUGUGUUAAGCGUGGUUGUGUUAAGCGUGGUUGUGUUAAGCGUGGUUGUGUUAAGCGUGGGUGUGUUAAACGUGGUUGUGUUAAGCGUGGUUGUGUUAAACGUGGUUGUGUUAAACGUGGUUGUGUUAAGCGUGGUUGUGUUAAGCGUGGUUGUGUUAAGCGUGGUUGUGUUAAGCGUGGUUGUGUUAAGCGUGGUUGUGUUAAACGUGGUUGUGUUAAGCGUGGUUGUGUUAAGCGUGGUUGUGUUAAGCGUGGUUGUGUUAAGCGUGGUUGUGUUAAGCGUGGUUGUGUUAAGCGUGGUUGUGUUAAGCGUGGUUGUGUUAAGCGUGGUUGUGUUAAGCGUGGUUGUGUUAAGCGUGGUUGUGUUAAGCGUGGUUGUGUUAAGCGUGGUUGUGUUAAGCGUGGUUGUGUUAAGCGUGGUUGUGUUAAGCGUGGUUGUGUUAAACGUGGUUGUGUUAAGCGUGGUUGUGUUAAGCGUGGUUGUGUUAAGCGUGGUUGUGUUAAGCGUGGUUGUGUUAAGCGUGGUUGUGUUAAGCGUGGUUGUGUUAAGCGUGGUUGUGUUAAGCGUGGUUGUGUAAGCGUGGUUGUGUUAAGCGUGGUUGUGUUAAGCGUGGUUGUGUUAAGCGUGGUUGUGUUAAGCGUGGUUGUGUUAAGCGUGGUUGUGUUAAGCGUGGUUGUGUUAAGCGUGGUUGUGUUAAGCGUGGUUGUGUUAAGCGUGGUUGUGUUAAGCGUGGUUGUGUUAAGCGUGGUUGUGUAA